AUGGCAAGAUGUCCAUGUACGUUUUCAGGCACGAAGUUUCUCGUGUUUGUUGUGUUCUUUACUAUGACUUCUAUUUUUGCCCCUGCCGCAUACGAUUGGGCUCGCAUGCAACGUCGCACCAGCCUGCAGGCAAUUCUCACAAGGAUGCAUCCUCAUUUUAUAGAGGUUAGCGUAAAGCCUGCGACUGAGGAAUAUUACAAACUGUGGAGGUAUUAUGACUUUGAAGCGGAUAGAUACAGAGAUCCAAAACGUCCCGGUUUUCCUGCUGUGCCUGCUGUUUACGUUCACGGUAAUGCCGGUUGCUUCCGGGACAUGCGAUCCCUUGGGCGAUUUGUUGGGGAGUCGGUUUUGAAGCAACGCUAUCAAAACGCAGCUCGUUCACAAGAAGAAGUGAAACGUGCGUUAUUUGGUUUAUACAGGCGUGAGGGGUUGAAGAUGCCUACCGAUGAGGAGGAAAUUCCCAGGGAUUUGCAACGGCGGGCUGAGGAAAUGGUGAUCGCAAGGACACCACUUCUGGGGGUAGAACUUUUUGGUGUAGACUUUUUAGAAGAGUCGAAUACUCAAAGUGGCUUGUUGAUGGUGAAGGAGGCUCGUUUUUUGAAUUACUGCGCUCAUUUUCUUCUGCAAAGCCUUCUGGAUCACUACCGAGAGGUGCUUAUGCGUGCUCCAGGCUCUUUGAGGAGGGAGGGCAAUGAACGAACACCAAUCCCAAAUAGCGUGACAGCUGCAGAGUCCGAGUACCUGAACGGUUUGUGUAGUCAUCAAAGUUAUGAACGAAAAGGGUCGAACAGAGUUUGCUAUGUAGCUAAAGAACAGAUUCGUCGUUUCUCUUCUACGGAGCGGAUACGGCGAGAAGUGGAACGCAUACAAAAGGAAGGUAUUUGGAUUUGGACCGAAUCGGUAGGUGGCCAAGUGGGUCUCUUUGCAGCAAUUUUAAAUCCAACGUUAUAUGCCGGAUUGGCAAUGGCUGGACCGCCAGUGCGCUAUCCACCGUUCCUUUUUGACGCCGGAUGUGUGAACUUUCACCGGCUUGUACAUGAUGCGGCGCUUAUCCCCUAUGCAUAUAAUUUUACCCCUACAUACGACUGGAACAAAAGCCUUGACGUCACCGAUCCUGUCCAACUUCUCUGGAAGUUAAGUGAAGUUCCUUCGCACGAAGUAGCGGCCCGAGUGAGUCGUAUUAGUAUGGUUACCAUAAACGGGGGUGCGUUGGAAGACAUCGUCCCACCGCAGAGCUCUUUUUUAUUGCGCUCCGUAGGGCGCCGUGCAUCUUCGGAAGAUCAUCAAAGGAUGCUGAAGUUGGCUCAUAUUAAUGCGGCACGGCGAGAUGUAUGCACGGAGGAACUACGUGGGUGUGGCGUGUCACUUAGUCAUCGAGGUCUUGUGUUUGCACUUCAACUGUUGGAUGUUGGGGCUUAUUCUUUGGUACGGGCAUCGUUAUCUUCGGAGUCAAGUGUUUUUUUGGGCGUUGAAUCCACUUUUUCCUCCACGAGAGAUCGACUAUUCCCUACGGUGGUGGAAACUCUUCCCAAGUCAAUUGAUGCGUACCGCAAUGAUGAGUCUUUGUUUCUGCUUUCCCUGGGUGAAGUAAAAAAAGCAGAGAGCGAUGAAACAUUUUAUCGCAUGGGAAAUACAUCUUAUGUGUUUAACAAAAUGAAAAAGAUUUGUGUGCAAAGUAAUGAUGUAUUGAAUUUACAGGACAUCCCUACAGAAGAGGAUGAUGACACGGAGUCGUGGGAAGCGCUGCAAAUUUUUAUUGGGGCCACAACAUACCCUCCAGAAGACGUUUAUUUUCCUGAGCUGCGUCUUAUUUAUACGGGGGAGAAGGGAAAAGUUUCAUUUGCGAACGUUAGCGCACGUGCCGCGACGAAACUUCACCUUCCCACGCGUCGGAAGGACAGUGUCGCUAAAAUUGGAGAGGUGGUGCUAACAGCUAUCAGUUUUCAAGUGCUGCAGAAAAGUCGUGUAGAGUCACCGGAGUGGGUGCGUCCGCAGUUUUGUUUUUUUGUAGAUCGUGCGAAACUGUCUGAAAAGCACUUUUCCUUUGUUCAGCACGACAGGAUUGACCCAUCGAGCCAGAGGACGUCAAAUGAUACGUCCCGAAAUGAUGAUCUUUUCCCUUUUAUGGGAGGCGAACGUGUCUCCGUUGAAAAGCACGGGAGAUUUGCUCUUGUUCGUAAUAUCUGCAGCGUGUCCUUGGAGACAGAAAUGGUUGUUCAUGUCAAUAACAGAGCUGUUUUCCCCCAUCUCUUGUGUGGUUCCUUCCGCUCGUUUCGCAUUGCAUUUCGAGGGACGGGAGGACUGGCGCCGGACGAACCGGAGGCUCAGCAACAGUACUUCUUUGGGCCCUAUGAGGAAGAACGACACACAUUCAAUUAUAGCUGGCGCCCAUUUUCUACAGUACCAUUUAACUUGACAAAUGUUUACGUGGUGUACGUGAUAUCUGCAGAAGAUCAGCCAAAAAUUCAUCUUGGGGAUUUUGAAUUGAGUGCAUCUCCUCGCUGGAAUGAAUACCGCUACUGGGUAUGGUGGUUUGGGCGAUGGAGAAUGCGUUGGAUGGCUGUGCUAUCAACAUACUCUGUCUCGGGCAAGUUUGCAGGCUGUUAUGUUCUUCUUUAUUUUACCUUAUACACAUGUUUCUACACAAGUCAUUUUAUUGGAGAACGCAAAACAUUAUCGAAAUUAGUUUGUUGUUGGUUUUGGAAUGUGAGUCCUUUUUUGUUGGUUUUGUUGGCUACUAUUCUCUUAGAGAAUAUUGGGUAUACGGCGGCACGCAAUGCAUUAACCGUGUGUCUCAACGAGGAUCCUCCACUACGCAGUGAUGAAGAGCUUACGUCGAUGAUGGAUAUGCGAGAAAAAAUGACUUUAAUAUUUCUUUAUGCUCUUCCUCCACGCUAUGAGGCUUGCAAGUAUUCCUGGAUACGCAUGCAGAGUGUAGUUCCUAGUAAUUUACGAAUGGAACACAUGUUGCACAUAGUAUGUGCAAGUUUUUUUGCAAUUGUUUUGAUUGUAGCAGAAAUUUGUUUUUGGUGUCUUAUGUGGCCGAUGUCUUUACUACUUCGCAUUUUUUUUAAAAUGCGCCUACGCUCGAGUGUGCCUACUUGGCGGUUGGUGUUGUUUUGGUCCAUCCCCAUUUUCCUGCGCAUAGCUAUUCCAUGGUUGCACAUUUCCAUUAUAACGACAAUUGCAUGUUUCUUGUCAUAUGCCGCGUUAUGGUGUUUUCCACAUAAUCGUUUUACCCCUGGCAAUCCUCAGUAUCGCUGGUUGUGCUUUCUGGUCGCCAUGAUGCUCCAUUUUUCUGCUCACUUUGAGGGGUUAGUGCUCGUUUUGAGAAAUUACUUUAUUGUUUCGCCCGUGGUGUUAGCGGAUAGUGAAAGAUACAAGACCCUUCCAGAACACAUCUUGGCUUUCACGGUGGUUCAGGGCGGAUUGGGUGUCGUUUAUGGCACGCUGCACUUCUCACUGCGUCACUUUGCCACAAUGGAUGCUGAAGCCGCAGUAAAGAAAAGGAAUGGGGAGAACUUCAUAGAAAAUAAACUGAAAUUGAAGGAAGGUGCAGAUCAAAAAAUUUCAUUAUCAUACUCUCUUGGAGAUAUCAGUCGUUUUUAUCCACGAUUUAAUAGAGGAAUGAUAAUUUGUUCGAGGAUUGUGCUUUUUUUUGCAUUGUGGGCCUCGUUGGUUUCUGUACGACGACCGCUGGAAGGUACCAUUGCCUUGUACGGUUUGUGUCUGACUGUAGUUUCCCUAGCACUUCGUUUGGCUCGCUUAUGGUGA